AUGGCCAAUUCCACACCCUCUUCACCGACCUUUUUCGGGCUUGUCGCCGUGUUGGACGACCCAGUGAGAACUGGGCCCAGUCUAGAUGCUGAGAUAGUGGGUCGGGCCCAAGGGAUGUUUGCCUUUGCCUCGAUUGAGGAGAUAAGCAUCCACAUGACUCUCGACCUCGUUUUUACUGGUGGAGAGUAUAACGGGAGCACACUCAAUGUGCAAGGAAGGAAUCCUUACCCACGCGACUAUCGAGAAAUGUCGAUAGUGGGCGGGACAGGAGAUUUCCCUUUGGCGCCCGUGGCCCGGGCCAACACCACUUUCGCGUCCCCGACCCUUUUCGGCCUUGUCGCGGUGAUCGACGACCCGGUGAGAACGGGCCCAAGCCCGGGCUCCGAGAUAGUGGGCCGGGCCCAGGGACUCUUCGCCUUUGCCUCGUUGGAGGAGAUUAGCCUCCACAUGACGUUCGACAUAUUCUUCACGGGCGGGGCCCACAACGGGAGCACGCUGAGCCUGAUCGGACGCAAUCCGUACCCACGGGACCACCGUGAGUUGUCGGUGGUUGGUGGGUCGGGUGAUUUCAGGCUGGCGCACGGGCACGUCGGGAUAAGGACCGUGUCGGUUGAUAGCACGACAGGAAAUGCGUUUUUUCAAUAUAAUAUUACCGUGUUUCAUUAUUAG